GAUUAGAAGUGGCAAUUUUUUUAACCAAAAAUAAACUAUAUUUACCGGUAAUGGCCGAGUCAGAGAGAAAAAGGGUACCUGUUUUUUCUCAACAGUAGACACGAGGCAUUGCCUUAAACCAUUGACCAACCUGUUUUCUUUCUUGUCCUUCAGCAAACUUUCGACACUCCAUGCUAUAAAUAUUUACCUAUAGAUCAAGCACAGCUUUAGGAUCAUUGCAUCACUUCCCAUUUCCCUUCCCUCAAUAAUCAAUAACUUUGUGUUUACACUCUUAUCCCACAACCAAGAUGAGCGAAGCAGCUGAAAAUGAAGCUCCACGUCAAACACCCUGUUUGAAUGAGAGGAUCCUUUCGAGUUUGUCAAGGAGAUCAGUUGCUGCACACCCUUGGCAUGAUCUUGAGAUUGGACCUGGAGCUCCAAGCGUUUUCAACUGUGUUGUUGAGAUACCAAAGGGUAGUAAGGUCAAAUAUGAACUUGACAAGAAGACCGGAUUGAUUAAGGUUGAUCGGGUUUUAUAUUCUUCUGUGGUCUAUCCUCACAACUAUGGUUUCAUCCCUCGCACGCUAUGCGAAGACAAUGAUCCCUUGGAUUGUUUGGUUAUCAUGCAGGAGCCAGUUCUUCCUGGAUGUUUCUUGCGAGCCAGAGCCCUUGGACUAAUGCCCAUGAUUGACCAGGGGGAGAAAGAUGAUAAGAUCAUAGCAGUUUGUGUUGAUGAUCCAGAGUACAAACAUUUCACUGAUAUCAAAGAUCUUCCCCCUCACCGCCUUACUGAGAUCCGCCGUUUCUUUGAAGACUACAAGAAAAACGAGAACAAGGAGGUUGCAGUCAACGAAUUCUUACCUUCAAGCACUGCACUUGAAGCUGUCCAGUAUUCAAUGGACCUUUAUGCUGAGUACAUUUUGCACACCCUGAGGCAAUAGGCUCAAAAAGCUAUUUUCCUUCAAUUUCCCAUUCAUUCUUGGAGGGUAAUACAUCAUACUAAAUAAAACAUCUUAUCAACAACAGUUGAAUAAGAAUGACAACUCCAUUGAUUACUUUUUGUAGUUCUGAAUUAUUAUUAUUAUUAUUAUUAUUAUUAUUGCUUGUUGGAUUAAACUCUCUUGUGAGAAGAAAUGAUAAAUGGAAUGUAUCACUUACUAGAACAUGAUUGGGACUUUUAACUAUUUUUGUGCAGAUCACUUCAUCAUACAUAUGUUCUAUGUAUUUCCCCACUUGACUCUUUUAAUCUUCGGAAAUAUUUGUUCAAAAACCUUCUUGAAGCAACUGAGACAAUUAAAAAGUCACAUUUUCAAGCUGCAUUCCGCUUUACUUUAACAUAACCGUAGACCAUUUUGGGUAUAAAAAAGAUAGUAUUUUGCGAAUAAAAAAACCUAUUGCAUAUGCAAGGAUUUAAAUUUUAAAUCUACUUAAUACUACCAAUAUUACCACUUAAAGAUGAUUACAUAAAUCAACUAAAAUAAACUUCAAAUUCCAUAACUGUAAACUUUAGUCUUCUUAUUUUCAACUUAUUUCUGGUGCUACAUGGUUGUAACUUUCUGUUAAUGGCCCACAGUAAAACAUAGAUUAUUGCUAAUACGAAUAAAAUGAAGAUAAAUGCCUCCUUUAUCGCGUUGAAUUAAGUAUAAAGAGGACGUAUUAUUACAUCCUAUAUGUCACCUGUUCCCCAUUAGAUUAUAUGGACAUCAAGUCAUGCAAAAUCAGACAUCCAUAUUUGCUUAUAAAUUUUCUUUGGCCUAAGCAAAACGUGAAUUAAUGGCAAAAAAAAAAAAAACCACAAA